UGGCCAAGGCGGAUUAGUGUCCUUUGUGCUGCAUAGACAGCUCCUGCAGAAUUUGGUCGCUGCUGUUGAAUCCUUUGACAACAUUUAUCCAUUCUUUCAUUCGUAAUUUCGUGGCCUGGUAACUCCUGAUCAACGAUAGUCAGCGAAUUCGCCCGGCUUUUCGUUGUCCCCGUUUGUCGCAUCCCAGUUAGUCGCUGCAGAAACUUAACUCCGUCGCCGUGGGCUGUCGGAGAAACUAAGUCUGAAGAAUCUCAAGAGAGUAUCCUAUAUAACACCGCUCUGUUUCUGUUCAAAGGCUAAGUAAAGGAUGAACGCGAUUGGCAAUUUCUUCAAAACUGUAUACGAGCUAUUUGACGACGGCGACGAUGACGAAGACGAAGAGGACAAUAACGAGGGAGAGAGCAGCGGCUUUUGGAGCAGAUCCGGUAGCGGAGGGGGGUUCUGGGGAAUGGGAGGCGGAGGACGGGGGGAGGAGAGAGGAAGGAGGGAUGGGCCUGGAGGUAGGAGGAAGGAAGCAGGAGGUGUGGAAAGCAGAUCUAGGCGAAGAAGUGGUGGAGGCAGGGAGCCAGCAGAAGGGAGGGAGAGGCGUGGGGAUGGAGAUUUGAGGGACAACAGAGGGGAGAUUCAGACUGACAGCAACGGGCUGACGUGGCGGCCUCUGAUUCGGCAGGCUGAGCGGGGAGAUGGGGGUGUGCAGGGCCUCUCAUGGUACAUCUCUUCGCUCCACCAAGACUCUGAUGGUGACGUGGCGAAUGAUUUCUUUGUUGAGGUGCUUCCUGCACAAUAUCGUCCCAGUGGGAAUCAGGCAGCCGAAUAUGCACACAUCCCCGCUGGUGCAGCGCAUAGCAGACAUGGGAACAGAGGCCUUCAUGAUGCAGCGGCUGCUUCUGCCGCUCCUAUACCUGCGGAUGCUGAUUCCUCUGCCACUGCUGCUUCUGCCAGCUGCAGUGGGGAAGCCGACAUACUCCUCACAACAAAUGGUCCACAUAUUUCGCCCUACAAGGAGAAAGGGGAAGAUGUGGGAGGAAGGCCAGUGGGUCUUGCAGAGUGCUUGCAGGCUGACCGUUGCAGCAGUGCAAGUGAACCGGGUCCAAUCUCGGCUUCUGGGGCCCGAUUGGUGCUCAUGCGGGUUCCAACAACUUUGCUUUCGCCAUUGAAAUUUCCGUCUACGGUUUUUGUGAACCAAGGUAAUGUCGUCAUUGGAAAUACAAGUUAGUGAAAAUUCAUGCACUUAUAUUGAUCAAAGGAACGUA